AUGCAAGCUUCAAAGAAUAAAAAUACCGAAAAGGCAGAACCAUUCUACAGGCUUUCAGUGCCAAAGCAGAAGACCAGUUCUGAGAUUAUAAAUGAAGCCAGAAAUGUUCUACGAACACUAAGAACUCAGAGACCAUUUACACCUACAGAGGAUCAAAGGAAACUUUUUGGAUCUGGAUCCUCACGUCCUCCUCAAAAUAGACCCCCUUCAGUUUUCAGUCUUCAUGCAUCCAGUUUUGAUUUGACUGAAUCAAGACCCGUGUCUGGUGUUCGUCUUAGCCCACUGGAUCAUAAACCAAUACUAGUGACUUUUGCAAAAGAUGAAGAUUCUUCCACUACCCUUCCAAAACCUCCUGCCACUACUGCAGAGGUUAGAAGAGUCAGCAGUGCUCGGGCACACUUAUUUAGAAGAACUUCUCAGGGAAGUUUCGUUUCUGCUAAAACGGUUCCUCCUGAUCACAAUGAAGAGAAGCUAGAUUCUGAAGAACCAGCUAUGGUGAAUAAUCUUUGCAGAAGUAAUAACUGCUUAGCAGAGCAAAAGUCGUACACACUGUUUAAUAGUGAAAGUAGACAAUUAAUUUGUAAUGAGCGUAUCAGCACAUUGGAGAGGGAAGACUUUCUAAAAGAGACAGCAGGAAAAAUUUUACUUCCACUGAGAGGAGAAAG